AACCGUUACUUAGGGCCACAGAAUUGUUACUCAGGGACAGCACAGAAUUGUUACUCAGGGACAGACACAGAAUUGUUACUGAGGGACACAGAAUUGUUACUGAGGGACACAGAAUUGUUACUGAGGGACACAGAAUUGUUACUCAGGGACACAGAAUUGUUACUGAGGGACACAGAAUUGUUUACUGAGGGACACAGAAUUGUUACUGAGGGACAGACACAGAAUUGUUACUCAGGGACACAGAAUUGUUAAUCAGGGACACAGAAUUGUUACUGAGGGACAGACACAGAAUUGUUCUGAGGGGACACAGAAUUGUUACUGAGGGACACAGAAUUGUUACUCAGGGACAGACACAGAAUUGUUACUGAGGGGACACAGAAUUGUUAUCUGAGGGACAGACACAGAAUUGUUACUCAGGACAGACACAGAAUUGUUACUGAGGA